AUGAAGCCUUUCUUUUCUGAAACCUGUUUCCUGCGGAUUUUGCCAAGGAUUAAGGUUCCCAGAUUGUUAAUUGGUAGGAAGUUUAGUGAUCCGGUUGUUCAAAGAGAUAUAUUGUUGUGGCCAUUCAAGGUUAUUUCUGGUGUUAAUGACAAACCUAUGAUUACUGUCAAGUACGAAGGUCUAGAGAAGCAAUUUUGUGCUGAGGAAAUAUCUUCUAUGGUGCUUACAAAGAUGCGAGAGGUUGCGGAGGCAUAUCUGGAGUCACCGGUCAAGAAUGCCGUUGUUACCGUGCCAGCUUACUUCAAUGAUUCUCAGCGAACGGCCACCAUUGAUGCUGGUACUAUUGCUGGACUUAAUGUCAUUCGGAUAAUCAAUGAACCUACUGCUGCAGCUAUUGCAUAUGGCCUUGACAAGAGAAAUGACCGUGAAGGCUUUAAGAAUGUCCCCAACUUGGUGCUACGAGAUGUUACGCCAUUGUCACUUGGUAUUGCUGCAAGGAUUGAACAUAUCAUGAGUGUGGUGAUUCCAAGAAACACUUCCAUACCUGUCACAAAGACAAAUCGAUAUACCACCUUAUAUGAUAACCAGCGCAUUGUCCUUGUAUUGCAUAUGGCCUUGACAAGAGAGACCAAGACCAAGAGACCAGCGCGCAAUAUAAAUGCUAUCACCAUUACUAACAACAAAGACAGGUUGUCAAUGUUCGACAUUGAAAAAAUGAUUAAAGAAGCUGAGAAAUAUCAUGUGGAAGAUAUGCAAUUUUUAAGAAGGGCCAAGGUAAUGUGUGCAUUAGAUUCUUGUGUUUACAAUAUGAAGAACGCUUUAGAGAAGAACAAUGUUAAUCUGAUUCUCUCCCCUCAAGAAAUUGCAAAGAUCAACAAUGCAAUUACUGUUGCUAUGGAUUUGCUUGAUAUGAAUAAAAAAGAGAAAGAAAUAGAUGUUCUUGAGGGUUAUCUGGAGGAGCUGGAGAGAAUGUCGAAACACCUUAUAUCCAAGGCUAAUAAUUUUAUUUUUCUUGGAUAA